AUGUCCUACUCAAACCCUCCGCCCCUUAGCCCUGGCGGCGGGGCUGGCGGUGCACCCUCGAAACGCGACAAACGGCGCACCGCGCUCCAGGAGCGGCUCCAAGAACUGACGGGUCAGUUCAGCAACAACCGGGACACUCAGUUUCGUCAGCAGUUGCAUGCACUCCAGUGCGAUAUGACCCUGAUCAACAGUGCUGAUCCUUACGUGACUGGUCCGCUGCCGGACUCUGCGGAGAGCAUUUCUACGCUGAUCGAGGAUACUGUUGGUGGCGGCAGCAAGUUUGCGAAAGAAAUGGCUGGCAUCGCUGGAUCCUGGUAUUCCAAGUUUGUCCAGCAGGUCAAUGAGAUCAAGGAGAAGAGAGACGCAGAGUUGGUCAUGGCUAUGAAUAACUACAACAACGUUAUGGAAAGACAACAGCGGGACCGUGAUUUCCGCACUUACUUCGCACAAGAAGAAUUCCGUCAUCUGUCUUCCACCCUUCGAGAGCGAUUGGUGCAAAACAUCUCCGGCAAGCGCGCCCGUCUGAUGCGUGAAAAGGAGCAGCUCGACAUCGCUGACACCAAUGCCCUUCUCCUUCACCCGAACCAGUUCAGCAUCACAAACCCUGCUAGCCCUGGUGGCAUCCACAGCAACCGCAAGACCACUCGGCACACCCGUCACCGCGUUGACCUCGACGAGCUGGGCAACGGUUUCAUGUCGGAGCUGAACAAGCGCAAGCGGAAGGCUCCAGAGGAGGAGACUGGGUCGCCUGCGCGGGACGCGGGCGAUGCCACUCCCGCCAAGCGCCACAAGGCCGAGGUCACGAAGGAGCAGAUGGCACCUACUUACUCAAUCCACUCCCUUUUCACCGACAAGGAACUCAAUGCCCACGCAAACCAGGCACACCUCGCAGCUGUCCACUUUUUCUCUACCUCCAGACGCCCAGACCACGGCUCCGGCCACGAAGAUAAUGGCACCCCUAGUGCGGCGGACAUGAUGCGCACCGCCAGCCACAACUUCCACGCCACCAGAUCCACCCGCACCACCGCCGCGCACAGCGCGCUGAGUGCUCUAGCCGACCUGGCCGAUAAGCCCGCCACCCGUCCGAUCCUCCCCUACCACGUUCUCUCCAACCACCACGCCCGACCCAACGGCAAUGCACCCCCAUUGACCGCCCUAAUGAACGAGGAAGUCGAUGACGACUGCGCGCGCAUCGGCCGCCUCGCUAGCAAACCACCCAACUGGAUCGACACAUCUCUAGUCGAACUCGUUGCUGCACCUCUUCCUACUUCCGCAGAACCGGCCGAUGGCCACCCAACCGAUCCCGCGAUCUUCAGCCAGCUGCACCCGGAUUUCUCGCCUUCUAUGGGUAUCGACUGGACUCCUACCGUCCACCAGCCCGGCUUCGAGAUGUUCCAGCCUGCUGCUAUGGAGCGCGAGCGCAGUCGAAAGCGGACGCGCAAUCAUUAG